AUGCCUCUCAAGUGAGCUUGGAAAGAGGCACGUCUGUCGGCCCAAACAACGAUCAAAUACUGAUCAGCGAGCACACGUUUGCCCGACAGGUACCGAGUUCCGUUCGUAUCUCUCUGCGGUGUGGGCUGGACCAUCUUCUUGUCGGUUUUGCAAGCGGCGAGACAAGGUGGGACUGCCGAAGCUGCUAUCGGCUCUGGCGGGGCGGAUGGAGGUGUCCAGGUACAUUCGUAG